UAUAAACAAUAAAAUAUUCCCUUGAAAUAUAAGUUAAAAAUACUGCGUAGAAAAAUACUUACCAUUGUUUACUUCCGGAAAGCCGCCAAGAAAAAAAUUCAAAGAGAAACGCCUUGAAACAACCAAUAUUUGAGAAAAUGACAGGUCGGGUGAUAAUUGUGACCGGAGCCAAUAGUGGGAUUGGGUUUGAAGCAGCCAAAAAGCUGUGUGAAGCCGGUAAUGAUGUAAUUCUUGCCUGUAGAAAUGAGGAAAAAGGCAAAGCUGCGGUAGAAAAAAUUCUGCAAGAGAAUCCUAAUGCACUGGCAACAUUUCUUCAGUUAGAUGUGGCAGAUCUGGCAUCAGUUAGAAAGUUUGUGGAAGACUUCCAUGCUUUGGGCAAAAAACUAAAUGUCCUUGUCAACAAUGCAGGGGUAUUUCUUAACAGGAGCGAAAGAGUUAGGGAAUUUACCAAGGAUAACUUUGAGCUGACCAUGGGAACAAACUAUUUAGGUCCAUUUCUUCUAACCCAUCUUCUCUUGGAUGAUUUAAAGAAAACAGGAAGUGAAAGUGGAGACAGUCGCAUUGUAAUGGUGGCUUCAUCAUUACACGAUACAAACGACCGAGGCAACCGGGGUGGUGUCAAACCCUUUGACCUUGAAAAUUUCUUCCUGGAAAAGGAUGGAACAUACAAUGGACAACAGGCCUACAAGAACUCUAAACUGGCCAUGGUGAUGAGUACCUACUCCCUGGCCCGGAAACUGGAGGGGUCGGGGGUCAGUGUUAACUGCAUGUGUCCAGGUUUCAUUCCAUCUACCCAGCUUUCCAGACAUGCUUCUUCAGCUUCUAGGUUCAUGUUGAAGUAUUUAAUGGGACCAGUCUUCAAGGUCGCUAAAAUUUCCAGGACAGUAGACCAUGGCAGCAAAAUGAUUGUGGAGCUCAGUGUUAAUGAAAAAUAUAAAGAUGUCUCAGGGAAAUACUUCAAAGACUUUGAGGAGGCAGAAUCUUCUGAGGAGUCGCGGAACGAAGAGCUCCAGGGACAGGUGUAUGAGUUGUCUGCCCGUUACUGCCACCUGGAGGGGUACGAACCAUUGGAUGCCCCCGCUCCACCCCCACCAGAGGAGAAACCUGUAAAAGUCAAAAAGGUCAAGACCCCCAAGAAAGAGAAGAAAGAAGAGGAGGCUGUUGCAGAAGAUAAAACAGCCAAGGAAGAAGGAGAGAAGAAAGAUGGACCAGAGGUGGCAGAUGGCAUCAAGUACGCAGAUGAAGACGACAAAUCCGAGGAAAAGACGGGGGAACCAGCCAAACCAAAGGAGGGUGGAGAACCAGUCAAAGAAGAAAAGACAGAGGAACCAGUCCAAGUGACCAUCACGGUGGAGGAUGUCUCCACAGACAAACCGAACACGGAAGGGGAGGAGGUCAAGAAAACAGAGGAGGGAGGGGAAGAUAAAAAGGAAAUUAACAAGACAGCUGAAGAUAAAAAGGAAAUUAACGAGACAGCUGGGAAAGGAGAUGGAGUCAGUAAAGCUGUGGAGAUAACUGCAGAAAUCACCACUCAGGGAUAAGGAAAAUUGUGAUUCGGAGCUGAAGUGUUCAAACCUUCACUACGCAGUUUAUGAUGUGUUGUGAAAAAUUAUUUUUUGACCUGAACUUUUUUGAUGAGCUUAAAUAAAGUAUGCUUUGCUUUAAUUCCAAGGGCAUUUAAAUUUUUGUUUUUUCAAAUAUUUCUUUUGAAGAUAAAAAAAACAGUUUUCUCUGCAUUUUGUUGGAAGUAAAAGGGAUGAAUGUAACGUGUGUUUAUUUGCCACAGUCAUGUACAUGUAUAUUUGUUAUCAAUAUUUAUUUAUACAUUUAAUUUCAGUAUAUUUGCUAUAAUUUUGUAAAUUAUAUUGACCAAAAUACAGCUCAAAAUAAUGUCCUCAUCCAGAUAUAUAUAUAUAUUUUGAAAAUAUUUUUUAUACUUUAAUAAAAUGGGCCAGGUUUUCCUUGAAUUAAAUUUUACACCUAAAUGUAUACAAUAGCACCACUUUAUUAACUACAUGUAUUUAUUCAUACGGAUGUAACAGUGCCUUCCACCAGCCUGUUAUUUUUUAAUUAAAAAUUUUUAAAUCAUAUGCCUGUGAAACAAAAUAACUACGGCAAAUUUGAAUGUCCUCAAAAAAUUUUGUUUUAAUAGUAAAUUGUACACUAGUCCCAAACUUUCAAGUCAUCUUUUAUUUCGUUUGAGAAUGUAAGAGUAGUCUUGUAGCAAUUUGACCGAGACUGAUUUGAUACAUGUAUGUUUUUCUGUGUGUUCCGUUUCUUAUUAUUUAAUCUUUUCCAGACCAGCCAACAAACUAAAUCCUUUGUUUAAUCAAUGCAAUAAUUGUUAACCUUUUUUUAUUCACCAAUGGUUGUAUAUUUUUAUUUUAUUAAUUUUGUGACUUUUUUUAAUGUACUGUUAUUUUUUUUUACCCAAUGAACAAUUCAGUCAGUUAUGUUGUAUGGCAUUUAAUUUGUGUUAACACAUUUUUAUCUUAAUUUAUACAUGUAUCAGCAUCUUUAUGCAAGACAAAUUACAAAGGGGUACAGGGGAAAUUUCGCCUUAAUAUAAGUGUAUCAUGUAUUUUUUUUUAUCCUUUCAAUAAUGAUUUAAUCUGUAUAUUUUGUGGCAUUAAUAGGUGUCUUUGAAUUAAAGCAUAAUUAUUCUUUUUUAUUGGAGCAGAAUUAAUUUUGCUAUAAACACUAUUAUAUCUCAAUAAAUUGAGGCUAACCCUGUGUUCAGAUUUAUAACUAUUUCAGUUUUUAAACCAUGAAUCUCAUUAACUUAGUUAAUGCAAAAUUAGCUUAGUUUGUAAUAUAUAUGCUUUUACUGUAGUCCCUAAAUAAAAUAAAAUAAGAUUUUGAAUGUAAAAAA